AUGGCACAGAGAAUUGUAGACAAUAAACUAUUCUUCAAAGGAUACUAUAAAAUGUGUACCCAGUACAUAUUACAAUGCAAGACAUGUGCCUACCGUGAUGAUAUGUUGAGUGCAGUUCAUAUAGAAACCACUGUGAAUUUCGAUGAUAUAGAUUACGAUAGUUUUAAUGAAGUAUUUACCACCCCAAUCAUAAAAGUUAAACCAACAACUAACAACAAUCCGAGUACUGCAAUUCAUUCAACAAAUUAUCAGCAUACUGGUCAAUUGCCAACCAUUAAAUCUCAACAAAAACCACCACAUAUAAAUUCACCAAACCAACAACUAUGUAUAAAUGUUGACGAGACUCCAACAUCAUCUUCCAACAUAUUCAUUGAUGUACAUACAUAUCAUAGUAACUUUACGUUGCAUUCACUCGAUUCUAUCCUACCAGGACAUUAUCUUAAUGAUGAUGUUAUCGCAACACAUUUAUCACUCUCGAUUCACAAAAUGUACUCAAAUUGUAGAAUCGGUUUAGUUAAUCCACUGACUAUACAACACAUAAUUAAUGAAGAUAUCAAAUUCGAUUUAAUUAACAAUCAUCUUUAUUCAUGUAUCAUUAUACCAAUCGUUAAGAGUACGCAUUGGUCAGUUUUAAUAGUAUUUGUAGAUAUUAAAACUGUUAUACAUUACGAUUCACUAAAUAUUCAUCGAUCUUCUGUUGACUGGAACAAACUUUCAAGUUUAAUUGGUGUAGGUAUGGAUUCUAUUCGUUUUGUUUCGCCUAAUAGCCAAGAGUUUAAAUGGAUAUGCCAAAAUAAUGCAACCGAUUGUGGAUUAUUUGCAUUAUUUUUUGCCGAAUACACCUUGUAUUAUCAAUAUGGACGUCAGACAAAUACAAUAACAUAUUUUAAUAAUAAUAAUAAUUGGAUUUUCAAUUCUUUACCAAUACAACUAAACAGUACAACAAGAAUAAUAGAGACAAAUAUCACAAAUAAUGAUUUAAAUACAGACUUUAAUAAGUAUAUUUCAAACGAGUACCGAUAUCAUGUUAUGGAUAAUAUUGUAAACCGUAAUAAUAAUGAACAUAGGUGGAGUUUAUUUUAUAAACAAAAUUAA